AUGGUUCAAUCAAGCGUGAUCGCUAUCAUCCUCGGCGGCAUUCUCUCUUCUAAGAUGCUCUCGCAAGCUGCUCCACUGGGGGUCCGUCAGGACAGCUCAACAGCCUCGGGAUCUUCAGGCUCUCCGUGGGCGUCGGCCCCGUACACAGGCUACCCUUCCGGGGCGGCGUACGUCGCCCAGGUCUACCCCGACUACACGUCGCAGUACAACGUCAAGACGGGGGCGGUCGACUUCAACACGGCGCUCGGGCUCGUGUCGCGCUCGUACACGAACGGCGGGGCCGACACGACGGCGCUCGUCACCUUCACCGUGGCCCAACAGUUCGCACAGAACUGGUGCCAGCUGGUCUUCGACCUCGCCGACCCCAGCUCGUACGCCACCGGGUCGCUCAAGGCGCAGCUGUUCACGAGCCUCGCGCCCGCCACGGCCGACACCACCACCUGGCCCUCGGGCAACCUGAGGAACCAGAACAUCGGCGCCAUCGACGUCGUCCCCGGCGGCGUGGCCCAGUGGCAGGUCGGGUCCGGACCCGCGGCCACGUCCAACGGCUUCUUCCCCUGCAGCUCGAUCGCCGGCCAGCCCUUUGCCGGCGAGGUCGUCCCGCAGGGUGACCAGGUCGAGAUCUCAUGGCCUGCAGGAACAGACGGCAUCAAGAUUCUGGUCUAUUAG